UAUUAUUCGACACACGCUUCGAAGUUUCGGCACAUCUAACAUCACUACAUGAAACUAUGGGAUCUGUGCCGAAGAACACUAACUAGGAGGACUGGAAGUCAAAGGGACUGUGUUUUGGUGAGUCUUGUUAUUGAAAAGAAAUCUGGAAAUCAGUGGAAAUGGCUGAGAAACUUACUCUUUUUGAAAAUUACCUGAGUCGCCACGUGUGUUCAGGGACUUUCAGAGAUCCUGUAUCUCUGAGCUGCAACCACAGUUUCUGUUCAAGCUGCCUGCAGAAAUUCUGGGAAGAAACUAAAAACAAAAACUGUCCAAUUUGUAAAAGGAAAUCCUCUAAAGCUGAUCCAUCCAUCAACUUCUCUCUCAAAGAACUGGCUGACUCCUUUGCUAAGAGGCAGAGUAACAGUUCAGCUGAGAUGAAAAGAGAAAAGCAGAAAGGGAAGGAGGAGGUUUUAUGUGAGAAACAUCCAGAAGUUCCUUCUUGGUUCUGUGAGGACGAGCAGAGAUCUCUAUGUCCUGUCUGUGAGUUUUCUGUCCACCAGAAUCACAAAGUGGUUCCUAUAGAACAAGCAGUCAGUGACCUGAAGGACCAGCUGAAAUGUGACUUAAAGUCUCUGCAGGACAAGACGGACAAAUACAAACAAGUGGAGAAAAAAUACAGUGAAAUGAGAGAACACACCAAGAAGCAGCUGUUGUCCACAGAGAGGCAGAUCAGAGCAGAGUUCUACAAGCUCCAGCAGUUCCUGAAAGAGGAAGAGGAGUCCAGACUGGCAGCUCUGAGGGAGGAAGAGGAGCACAAGGGGAAGACUAUCAGCAGAGAGAUGAAGAGGAUUCAGGAGCAGAUCUCCUCUCUGUCAGACAGCAUCUGUGCUGUUGAAGAAGAGCUGCAGAAACACAAGGUGGCGUUCCUCAGCACUUAUAAAGACACUCAGACCAGAGCCAGAGCCCAGAGCUCACUGUCAGAUCCACAGCUGCUCUCAGGAGCACUGAUAGAUGUGGCCAAACACCUGGGCAACCUGUCCUUCAGAGUCUGGGAGAAGAUGAAGGAGAAGGUCCACUUCAGUCCUGUCAUUCUGGACCCAAACACUGCAUUCCCCUGUCUCUAUCUGUCUGAUGAUCUGACCAGUGUGAGAGAUGGAGACACAGAGCAGCAGCUUCCUGAUAAUCCAGAGAGAAACACUAAGUAUGCAGCUGUUCUGGGCUCUGAGGGCUUCAGUUCAGGGAAACACAGCUGGGAGGUGGAGGUGGGAGAUCAUCCUGAGUGGAUUGUAGGUUUGGCUAAAGAAUCAGCUGACAAGAAUGAAGAGUCAACAUCACCAGAAUAUGGAUUCUGGUGUUUACUGUAUGGUGAUGGAGAAUGCAUGAAUGGUGUUGGUCAGACUGUCAGAGUGAAGAAGAGUCUCCAGAGGAUCAGAGUCCAGCUGGACUAUAACAGGGGGGAGGUGUCCUUCUACCACCCUGAAGACAUGACUCACAUCUACACUCACAGACACACUUUCACUGACAAACUCUUCCCAUAUUUAUAUAUUGGAGAGUCUGGUGAUGCCAAAACUACUGAUAUCAAAAUCUGUCACUCUGAGAUUUCAUUGUCAUAUUCUGGGAUGUGAUCAGUUUUAUUUUGUGAUAUUUAGUAAAUUCCAGUUUCUUCUUUGAAUUUCAGAAAACAUAGAAAUCCUGGUGAAAUAUUAAAAUCUGAUUUUAGUGCUCUGGGUAAAUGACACAAAGGGAGACGUGACUUUUUUGUUUUAAAAUCUACAAUCUAACCCAAAAUCACAGAACAGGAGGAUGAAGCAGUUUAUUUAAUUUUCCAAAAGCAAGACAACUUUAAGUCUGAACAUGUUUUCAACUAGAACUAGUCUUUAAUAUUCAACAAUAUAAUCAGAAAAACGUCUCAUCUCACUUUGUGUUGCUUGUUUAUCACAUUUGGAAUUUACUUUUGGUGAUUUCCAAAUUCAUAAAGUUGUUUCGUUGUUUAAUUUUUAUAAAGUGUUUUUAAUAGAACAUCAUGAUUUAAUGUGCAUAAUGAAUCAAACUGUGGAUGUUGACUAAUAAUUCUCCUGUUAUUUGUUCAUCAUGAAUGUAAAUGAUCUGGCUGCUAAAUGUCUUUGAUUUGUGAAUGUUUAUUUCAGUGUUUAUACAGCAACAUUUAUUUCAUAAUUCUUACCAUUUAUUAAGUUGGAGCUGCUGUUUGUUUCAGUGUGUUUCUAUAAACUCUCACUUUAUAUGUCAGAUGUGAAACAACACAUCAGUUCAUUCAGGAUUUACAUUUGUUAGCUGUGGAUUUUCUUUCAGCUGCUUUCAAAAACUCUACUUUUGUUUGUCCUGAUGAGCAAAUGUUCAGAUAUGUAAAUGUGAGAAACAUGAGUUGACUGAUGACCUGGGUUAUUUCUGUCAAUAAAAGAUGUCAAAGCCUC